AUGCCAGGAUUAGAGUCACUGAGGCACAUCGGACUGAGUGGGUUUUAUGAUGAGUACAGCUUGAAUGCUAUAGUGAGAGCAUCAAUCACUCUUCAGGUGAAUAAAGGCAUCUACUUUAACUUCCCAUGUCGCCGUCAGAGCUGUGCAAAUGUAAACAUCCCAGCACCAUGUGUCAACAAAAUGAUUUCGCACAUCGAAGAGGUGGAGUCAAAAAUACAGGAGCAUUUGAAACAGUUUGAAACUUCUUUUGAAGAAUGGAGCAUAACUUCUUCCACAAAAGACUGGAGUAUUGCUGCACCAGUGGAAGAAGUCAAGCCAGAAGAGAGAGAUGAAAAGUGUUCUGAGUUAAAGAAAGAAAUGCAAACAUUGCUAUCAGAGGCGAUCCACCUUAUUAAAUGUCUAGAAACUGACAGGGCAAUUGCUGAAGAAACUUUAAAUCAACAAAAAUUAAGAAAGGGAAGGAUUACCACAAAAAUUGAUGCAUGGUCAAUCUGGAAACUUCAAGAGCUCCCAAUAGCUGUGCAGAAAGAACAUGAUGCCUAUUUGAGAGAUAUUAUAGAAUUGCAGUGGCAUCUCGAAAGUAGAACUCAUCAACUGGAACAUGUGGAGAAACAAAAGACAAAGCUAGAAGAAGCCAAUGCAAAGAUUCAGACAGACAUGGAUUACAUGCUUCAGCAUGGUCCUCUACUGCAAUCAAAGCGGAGGCAGGAGCUCCAGGUUAUUAAGGAGCGUUAUCAAAAGAAAGCUGAGGUAGUGGAACAGUACAGACAAGUUCAUGAACAACUUGAAGAACUUAAAGAUGCCUUUGAAAAUUCCAAAUUGAGAGUUAAAGAAGCUAAAGAAAGAAUGGAUAAAGAUAUUUCCCUUGAUGAAGCAAGCAUAGAGAAGUACAAGAGAGAACUGGAUAGACUUAACAAUCUAUUUAAUCGCUACUCUUUAUCAAUAAAAAGUGCUAGUGCUCAUAUAGAAGAAAAACAAGAGGCAAUGAGUGAAGCAUUGAAAGAAACAGAGUCAUCAUCAUCAGAAUUAUCUGCUUUGUCAAAAACACUAGCACGUUUGAAGAAACUUUAUGAUGAACAGUGCUUGAAGAAAAGUAAUUAUCAACAGCACUAUUUAGAAGUACUUAAUAAGUUCUAUGUCACAAAAAGUUCAUGGGAUACUGAACUUUCUAAUGUGGCAAAAGACUUUUCAGAUGUUUCAAUAGCACAUACUCAAGGAACAGAAGAAAAUGAAAGACUUUUACUUGAUUUGGAGAACAUGACAAAGGAAAUCAAUGACAGUGUAAAGAGAAAAAAUGAUUAUGAGUCUGAGAUUCAAUCUUUGCUGAAAACGAGGGCAAAGAAUGAAGAGUUUAUCAAAUAUCUCUACAAGGAUGCAUAUCAUGUUGGUGCUCAUUUUCAUUUGGCCAAAUAUAAAAUAGAAGAAUUGGAAGAUAAAAUAGCAGAAGUGAAAAGAAAAUACAAGAAUAGAGAAGAUUUCUUGAAAAGACGUAUUCGAAGUCAAAUUGCUGCUGGGAUGAUGAUUCAGAAAAAAAUAUAUUCUGUUCAAGAUGAUCAGAUGAAUGAGAAGAAAGAACUUUUGAGACAGAAAGCAGUAUAUGCUCUAGCUCUGCAAGAAAUCCAAGAACCUCUGCUCCGACUAGAAAGUGAUGCUGUACACCUUGAAACUCUCCAUCAAGAACAGUAUAAUUUACUGAACGACAUAAUUGAAAGAAGAGAAUUUGUUAGAAAGAAGGUGGAAAAAACAAAGAAAAAAUUGCGAAGAAAGGGGAAGAAAGCCCGUGAGGCACUAAUAGAAACUGGGGAAAAACGUUCAGCAGUUUUUCAAGAGUUAGAGUCAACUAAAGGCAAAACAUAUGCUUUUAAUGUAAAAAUAAGUGAAUUGAAAAUAGAAUUAAAAGAACAGGAAGAUGAAAAUGUAGCUUUUGAAAAGAAAAUUGAACAGUUAAAGGAGAACUUUUUAGUUGUAAGAUUUAAAAGGGAGAAUGCACAAUCUAUAUUUGAUCAUUUCAUGGACAAGAAAAAAGACUGUGAAGAGAGAAUCUUUGAGGAAGACCAGAAAUUUACAAUGCUCUUUAAUACAAGGCAAAAGACUCUGAAAGAUAUUAAAGAAUUGCAAGAUAAUUCCCUGAAAGAAAAUCUACGUUUAGCUCAAGAGUAUCAAAAACUACUGGAAACUUUCUUAAAAGAAAAAGACAAAUACUUCAGUAUGUACAGCAGACAGUUAUCAGUUGAUGCUUCAGUUAGCGAUAAGAAACAGUCUCGAGGAUUCCUUCCUAGAAAACUUCCUAGCUCCCUAGCCAUCAUAUUAGACAAACUCUCAAAUUUUCAGCUCUGUCAGCUGCAGAGAAAGCUCCACAAGCGGUGGCAGGAGUACUUCAGACUGGUGGUCCUCUUCCACCAGAUGCAGCUGGACAAGUUCCAGGCAGAAUCUCAGGAGAGUAUUCAGAAAAUAUUAGCUGUGCAGGCUUUGCAGAUGCCAUUUCGGCUGUUUUAA